GAGCCGGAAGUUGGUUGAGACGCGGCGACAGCCAUAAUCUGGAAGCGCGAGUAAUUUUGUUCUGAGCCUAAUAAUGGACACCCAGAAGGACGUUCAGCCCCCAAAGCAGCAGCCAAUGAUAUAUAUAUGUGGAGAAUGUCACACAGAAAAUGAAAUAAAAUCCAGGGAUCCAAUCAGAUGCAGAGAAUGUGGAUAUAGAAUAAUGUACAAGAAAAGGACUAAAAGAUUGGUGGUUUUUGAUGCUCGAUGAAAGAUGGAAUUAAGAAGAAUAUCUUCGUUUGCAUUUGCUGUUAAUGUGUAGCUUUUGAUUGGUGUACUUAAUGAAUGCAACUGUAUGCAUAUGAUUUCAUAUUGUAUUUAGGUAUCUAUUAAUAGUUUAUAUAAAGAAAUUAUUUUUUGUUCAA